AGGCUGUGAGCGUGCGAGGGAAGGAGUAAGAGAGAGAGAGAGAAAGAGAAAGAGAAGGAGAGCGAGCAGUCAUGGAGCAGCAGAGACAGCGUUCUCUCUCCUCAGGAGAGUCCCUGUACCAGGUGCUGGGGGUGGACAAGAACGCCACGCCCGAAGACAUCAAGAAGUGCUACAGGAAACUGGCUCUGAAGUUCCACCCAGACAAGAACCCCGACAACCCCGAGGCUGCAGACAAGUUCAAGGAGAUCAACAACGCUCACGCCAUCCUGUCUGACUGCACCAAGAGGAACAUCUACGACAAGUACGGCUCCCUGGGGCUCUACGUGGCCGAGCAGUUUGGAGAGGAGAACGUCAACACCUAUUUUGUCUUGUCUUCCUGGUGGGCCAAGGCCUUGUUCGUCUUCUGUGGGGUGGCGACAGGCUGCUACUUCUGCUGCUGCCUGUGCUGCUGCUGUAACUGCUGCUGUGGGAAGUGUAAACCCCGUCCUCCCAUGGAGCAUGAGCCCGAGUUCUACGUGUCCCCAGAGGACCUGGAGGCUCAGAUGACCACAGACGAGAGAGAUGGUGGGGAGCCUAUCAUGAUGCAGCCGUCAUCAGCCACAGAGAACACUCAGUUGACCUCAGACGGCCACCACUCCAGCUACCGGACCGACGCCUACUAGACGCCAACAACACACGUACACACACACACACACACACACACACACACACACGCACACACACUCCUCUCAGCCUCACGGUGACCCUGGCCUAACCCCAACAUAACCCAUGCCAUUCAUACCACUCUGUCCUCCCCAAGAUUCAAACACACACACACUGCACCCUGGCAAGUCUCUCUACCACAGAUAGAGCUAGGUCCUCCUCCUCAACCCCACCUAACCUCUGACCCCAACACUACACCCCCUUAAUACACACCUGUCUUCCCCUUGCCCCCCCCCCCCAACACACACACACAAAACUGUCCUGAGAAGGAUGUGUAUGUAACACUGGAAAAGAGACACAUACAUAGGAGGAAAACGUUGUUUACCACACACACCCCAUCAUUGGGGGCUGUCUGUUCUCCAUGCAUGCGCAUGCGUGCGGACACACACACACCAUAAGUAACAAAUGGCAUUCUUAUACUGCUUGUUUGAAUGAUUUAAAACUGUUUUAGUUGAACUGUAGCCUCAAACCUCUAACCCUGCCAAAAUACUGUAUGGAUCGUGGGUAGGCCUAGUCACAGUCACUGGCUCAUAGACGAUACACACACACACACACACACACACACGUGCGUCACCGCGGAACUCAACACUUACAAGCACUCUGUCUCCUCCCCCCACCACCCCCCCCCCCCUUUUGUCUGGCCACUGUUCUGUUUGUUUUGUUUCUGAACAUUCCUUGUACUGUGGACAAUCAUGGGUGGUUGGAGAGGAUACACCUGUCCCUGCUGUGUAGGCUGGCUAGCUAGGGUGGCUAGGCUGGCUAGGGUGGCUAGGCUGGCUAGGGUGGCUAGGGUGGCUAGGGUUUCUCUGGCUAUGUCUGGAAGUGGCAGACACGCAGCCCUGUACGCUAGGAGGGGGGGGGGGGUUCCUGGUGGUGGUGGGGGGGGGUCUUUGUGGGUACAUGGGCUUGACUGCAUCGGCACAACAGGUGUGUGAGGGGUUAGUGGGUCAGGGUGGGCUGAAGGGGGUUGGUGUUUGUGCUCUGUGUGGGUACAGGGGCUGGUCAGCAUCAGUGUAUGGGUGGUGUGGAGGACAGUAAGGCCCCUUACUGAAGCUGUCUCACCUUUCAACAGCAGAUGUCAUGUGACUGACUGACACCACUUCUGGAUGCAUGUGGAGAGGGGCUUUGGAGCUCCUAAACGAUGGAGUGUAGCUAGCUAGCGUGAUAACGGCACAUGUGUGGUCAGCUGUGAGGAGGUGGGCAUCCCUGCGCUGGGUCACUUUAGUUCUCCAGUCUGGUAGAUUAUUUUUCCGUUCCGGUGAAUACGACAGAACAGCAUUAGACAUGGACACACAGUAUCUUCCACUCCUCUCGUUCUCCUCACCUCCUUUCUCCCUUUGCACUGGUUUGCCCCUCCAAGCCACUUUUGUUUUAUUCUAAACCCAGGCUUGUGCUCCGUUUCAGAUAUGAAGGAUUAUAAACAGAACUAGAAAUAGUCUAUUAGCAAAUCCCCACAGUGUGUGUGUGUGCAUGAGAGUGUGUGUGUGUGUUGUGGGUGGGCCCCUAUAUGUCUUAGUGUUGGUGUUCUGUGUCAGGCUCAAUGCGUUGACCUCUCAAUAUACAGUACAUAUAUCCCACUGGGGGCGUACACACACACAUGCAUAGAGGACAGCUUUUUAGUUUCUGCUUCUGUGUGAGAACCUAAAAUAUGUAAAUGUAUGUUUAGAUUUUACGUUGUAUAUUUGAGUUGUACAACCGAAAAGGUUUGUUUAGUUCUAUUUUUGUUUAGUAGAUGAUUGUUUUUGUUUUCUUAUUUAUGUUUGUUGACGAUGAGGGAGGAUUUCGUUGAUAUCCAGUCAUGAUUUUAUGUCAGUAAUUUCAGCACUGUAGUCAGUGAUAAUCACAACUAAGCAUGGUAACAGGCAACAACAAUCAAACAAGGAUGUAGCCAGCUACAACACGUAAUUGUCACUACAGUAACCCACUCCUAUGAACUCUUAUGACAGUACAGUAGCCCACUCCUAUGAACUCUUAUGACAGUACAGUAACCCACUCCUAUGAACUCUUAUGACAGUACAGUAGCCCACUCCUAUGAACUCUUAUGACAGUACAGUAACCCACUCCUAUGAACUCUUAUGACAGUACAGUAGCCCAUUAACAACCCCCUUCAAUUGACAAUCUGAGAGUAGGACUUGGGUUAGCAGUGAGUGUCUAUGAUCUGUAGCUCUACAUCCGUUUGAUUGUUGUGACUUUUAUCACUAAUUAUCACUCUUUUUUUAAUUCUUAUUGUCAAUUUAACACUUUGUUCACUGUUGCAACUGUAACUCUACAUUGUAAGAAAAUGAUAUAAGAUUUUAAAACUUGUCGUCUUUUCUUCAAGUAACUUUGGAAAGAAAACUAACCAAUCACGUCGUCCGUAUUAACUGGUUAAAACAUGCUUUUAUCUAAACCCUGCCCACUCUAUUUUUCUAUGGUUAGAUUGGUUCCAUAUGUUUAAGGCCAUUGAUAUGCCAAUCCUAUAUGUUACUUCCCCUGUGUCUCCCUGUGUAUGAGUGAAUGCAAUGUUUAAACAGAACCAUACUGGAUCAAGAAAAAAAAAAAAAAAAAAUUUGAGAACACUUAUCAAAACAACAAAAUAUAUUAGUGCACAAGUGCAAAACAACAUAAAAAUAAGAUGAAGCAUUAUUUUAUUUAUUUUAUUUUUGUUAUCUUUUUAAUGAAUGACUAUAGAUGGUUAUAAAUAGUAUGUACCGGUAACUAGAUGUGACCAUUGAGAGGCGAUGAAGAGCUCUGCUGUGGGUUUGAAGGGGUAGUAGCUAGUAGAUGGGUGGAAAGCUAGUGUUGCUGUUUUAGCAUGGAUCUGUCCACAGUGUGUCUGGUGGAGAACCGACAUGGGUCAUUUAUCUAAUGUGCUGUUGUAAAAUAAAUGUUUCUGAUGCUUAGCCCUGUC